UUGACCUAUAUGAUGGAAAUGGGAAUCGAGGGAGAUGUCAAAGUGCACUCCGAGAGAGAACAUCCUGGCAAAGUGUGGAGGUAUGGCCCUUCUACCCCACGUCACCGUCGUCAUCGUCGCAUGGCUCAGCGUCAGCGUCAUUUCCGAUGUACAUGGAUCUGAUGAUGGUCCCUUGGUCGGACUGAAACAGGGCAAGUACCGGGGUAACUACGUGACGUCGACAAAUGGCGAAUAUGUCGCCGAGUAUCUGGGCAUUCCCUUCGCCGAGCCGCCGACCGGGGACUUGCGACUGGCGAACCCCAAGCCUCGCACGCCAAACCCAGAGGAGGUGUACCACGCCAAGACGUACGGUGCCUCCUGUCCCCAAGCCAUCGACAGAGUUUUCGACAACUUCAGCGGCGCGACGAUGUGGAACCCCCCUGGCGGAGUGAUGAGCGAGGACUGCCUCUUCCUUAAUGUGUGGGUGCCGCAGAAGACCUCAGGGCAGAGCAAGACCGUUAUGGUGUGGAUCUACGGCGGCGGCUUCUACAGCGGCACCAGCAGCCUGUGGAUCUACAACGGCAAGACAGUGGCCGCUUUUAAAGACGUCAUAGUAGUUUCCUUCAACUACCGUUUGGGGGCGCUGGGCUUCCUGAGUACCGGCGAUGACCGUAUCCAAGGUAAUUUCGGUUUUAUGGACCAGGUGCUUGCCCUGAAGUGGAUCAGAGACAACAUCAAGACAUUCGGGGGAGAUCCAAACAAGGUGACCAUAGUUGGAGAGAGUGCAGGUGCGGUCAGUGUCACCUACCAUCUCCUGUCCCCCCUAAGCGAUGGACUCUUCCAGCGGGCCAUAAUACAGUCCCACGCAGCCGACUCUCUCGUUUUCAAUGACAGGGAACAAGCAAGACGCGGUGCAAUUAAAUUUUUCGAAAGAUUAAGAUGCAAAGACAAUGUUGAUAUAUUAAAAUGCUUGCGAAAAAUAAGCUUUCAAACUCUUGUAGCAAAGCAAUGGCUUCCAGACGGUAGACGCCUCCAUAAACCCACAAUAUCACCUUUCAUGCCACAACGACCGGAAGUGCUUCUUCGAGAACGAGGCUUCAAAAAGAAGGCGGUUUUGAUUGGCUCCAACAAAAACGAAGGGACGUAUUUCAUGAUAUACCGCCUGAAAUCUGUAUCCAUUAAAGAUCCUGUAAGCGGACAGACACAACAAAACAUAAAAGAAGCCAUUUCUUAUUUCCACACGGAUUUGGACGAGGAUCAAAAGGAGCGCGUAUUCAAAUACUACACUGAAAACAUCGACGAAUACGACCUCGUCGGCAACCGCAACGCUAUCGACGCUCUCAUGGGAGAUCGCUACUUCACAUGCCCUUCUACAUACGUAGCAGAGAACAACGCAGCUGUUGGCGGCGAGACGUAUUACUAUUACUACAGCCACCGUGCUUCGAUCGAAGUCUGGCCUGCUUGGAUGGGCGUCAUACAUUCAGCUGAAAUACAGUUUAUGUUCGGAAUGCCGUUGAACGACACCAGUGGAUACACAGAUAAGGAGAAGAGGUUCUCUGAGCGACUUCUGUCAUACUGGACCAACUUCGCCAAGUCAGGAAACCCAAACGGCCAUGGCAACAGUCCCUGGCCAAAGUAUACGUCCAGUAAGAAGGAAUUCCUGGAACUUGUUCUACAAGAGAAGAAGCACUCCGGAGGUCUGAGGACAGAUCAGUGCCGGUUCUGGAGUAGCUUGGUCGGCUCAGGGGGCAACAGAGGCUACGUCAGCUCCACCAGCGUCGUUGUCCUCGUGAUUGUCACCGUCUUCGGAGUGACGGCUUAAGGUUAUCACGUGAUAUACACGUGACGUAGGACAAUCAUGCAAGUUUGGCCGUAUUUUAGUGAUAGUGUACAUGAAUCACGAAUAUGUCUAGUCAGCACGAAGAAAAUGUCGGCCUUGCGACAGAACAUCGCUUUACAUUUAUGUCAUGCAUUGGCCCAACACCCAAAAACACUGAGGAAGUAUUAGGAGGAAUAUCAUUUUUUAUAGUUUAGUUCUUUUCAAAGAUAAUAUUUUACUUGAUUUAAUGAUAUUUGUGUAAGGACAUGAAGACAUCUCCGUAGAUGGUUGCAUUGCACUAUGGCCGUCUAAGUGAAAGGUGCGAGAGGUUUUGAAGCUAUUCAGAUGUCAACUUUCUAAAUUGGUUCUAUAUUUCUAUAUUUGGUAAUUUCGAUUUUUUAAAGAAAACGUCAAUGAUAUGCCUAUUUUCUUCAACAUUUAUGUCGCCAGCAGUGGAAGUACAUUCAUGUAUGUAAUAAUAUUUCGUUGAAUGAAAUGACACUUAGAUACUCAGUACUCAAAGCUGGUUACGAUUGAAUAUAUCUUUAUGUUUGGACGACAGAGCAAGUACAAACGAUUCAUAUUCCCGAUGUCCGUAACAGCUCACCCAAAACUACAUUAUGUAUUUUAGAAGAAACAUGUUUGACUAGUCAUGGGUACUUCAUUAUACAAAUCUGUAAUAUUUCAAUGUAUACUGGACAAAAUAAGUUAGGGAUAUUGGUAUUUUUAUGAUUGAUAUUUUACCAGUGUGUCAAUGAAUAAAUAUAUCAUUAUUCAUAAUUUCAAAAUUACAUAUAUCCCUAACUAUGUUUGUCUAGUAUAGAUGCUGAAUUCAACAUCAGUAUAGAAUAUGCCCAUUCUACUUUCACAAUAUUUUUGCAGGUUUGUAAAUUUGUUCCUGUUGCAAAAAGAAAUAAGAUUAGCCUAGGUGAGGAUACCGUAAACAGUUAAUAUUCCUACAUCGGUUUUAUAUACUAUGCUUAUCGUCACUACAAUAAUAAUCUGUUGGAUUUAAACAUACACUUAAAUAACAGACUUCAUUAAAAUGUGAUCUUUAAAAUGUUUUAAGUAGUUGUUACAAAAGUGAAAGACUUAUCCAUUUCACCAUUCCUUCGCUUCUGUGUUGACCAUUGAAUAUGAGAUUUUGCAGCUAUAUUUGUAAUAUAUACACAUUACUACCUUUGCUUUGGAACAGAUCUCCUUGGCGAUUCCGUAAACAAUAAAGAGCGAAAAAAAGCUUGGUGCGUGUGCAUCGAUUCCGUAAUAUAUUGAUGUGCAGCCAUUGGCCUAAACCUCUUCUGGUUAUUAAGAGUAGUAAGAAAAUAGCUCAGUGGAGUAUAGUGUGUAUUAGUGUUGGGAAUUGGUUAAAAUCUUGUAAUUGAUGAUUGGUUCAUUAUAACCGAUCAAUCAUCGAAAAUAAUUGGUUAGCGUCAUUUAUCAAAUUUUCCUGGUUAUUUUUGUUAAUGCACAAAAAAAUCAAGAAAAUCCAUGCAGUUCCUUGGGAUAUUUUUGCAAAUUGUGCAUCUUUAAAGGAUGACUAUGUUAGGAACAUAAAUUUCUUGUCGUCUUUAAAAUAAAUUCAGUUGUGACUUGGAGCGAGCAUGUCGUGUUCAUGAAAUGUAACAGACAAAACCAACCGUGUGAAAAAUAUUGUUAAUGCAAAAAGUGUUCCAGAAUUGUUUGUGUUCGAUUAUGAGAAAACAUGAUCGAAUGCUUGGUCGUUUAGUCAUUGCGACCAAUCUUCGAUUUUUUCAUUUAAUCGGACCACCACUAGUGUGUAUGUCCCCAAACCCCAUAUACUCGGUAUUUAUUUGUAUUUUUGUCUACCAUUUUUUAAUAAAUAUGACUCUAGUA